ACUUUGAUAUCCCACCAGACACAUUUAUCCUUCUCGAUGGGUCAAAAUAGGAAACUUGGAGAUAUUAGAGUGAAGGAUACCAAACAUUUCUGAGACGGGGAUGAAAAAUGGCUACCGUUGGGAGAACAUGUUGUCGUUUUGGAAAGCGUUUACAAUUAACUUCUACAUGUCCACAAGCCAUUAUCAAGAGGUGGUCAAACACAAUCCCUAAUCAUGUCAUUGAAAAGCAGAGAAAAUCUAAAUUGUCAUCUGGUCAGUUAAAUGUGGAGGAAGCUGAUACCUCAAUCAAAGUCCCAAGAGAUUUUACAGAAGUGUAUCCAGAGUUCCUUCCUAACCGUGGACCUAAUUGGAGUAAAGACACUCUGAGAGAUGCUUUGGAAAGAAAUGAUAUGUUGAAUCGCAGGAGACAUUUAAAAAUGCCAGAGUUUUAUGUUGGUAGUAUAUUAGCAGUAACUGCUGCAGAUAUUUUUGCACCAAACAAGAGCAGUAGAUUUGUAGGCAUAUGCAUCGAGCGCGGGAGACAAGGAAUGGAGCAUAUAUUCACUUUGAGGAAUGUCAUCGAUGGCCAAGGUGUAGAAAUUUCCUAUCACCUGUAUAAUCCCACUAUACAGAGGAUAGAGGUGUUGAAACUGGAGAAGCGGCUUGACGAACACCUGCGUUACCUGAGAAAUGCUCCACAAGAAUACAGCACAGUUCCAUUUGACCUGAAAGUCACACUUAUUCCCAAAGGUCAACCUAUUCCUAUCAAUGGCCAGAUAGUGCCGUUAAAUCCUAAACCCUGGCUGGAGAGAUGGGAACGACAGGAAUUGAAGGGAGCAGAAUUCACAGUAAAUCUAACAGCUAAACAACAGAAAAAGUUUGAUGUUUUAAAAGCACGAAAUAGCCUGGACAAAUUUGAUUUGAUGAAAAAACAUAGAGAAUCAGUGAGCAAAGACGAGAGACAAAAUAUCAACAGAGAAAUGUAUAAGAGCAAUACAAUGGAUUACUGAACAUGUACAGAACUAUUGUGUGAUAAAUUACUUUCUGAAAUAUACACUCUACAAAUA